CUCUCUCUCUCUCUGUGUGUGAGGUGUUAUAUCGGGUGACUCUGGGAGUGCAGUGCGCUCCUGUGGUGCGGGAUUAUUCGCAGUGCGGGAGGAAUAAGGAGACCUGCGGGAAACACUGAGGAGGACACUUUACGGACCUGAGCCUCUUACGGGCAUCAGCAGCAGCUAGCUGCCUGUCAUCCAGGAGCAGGAGAACCCUGGACACGAAGCACCACUGUUUUAAGACUGUAGGGUCAACUUUUUUUAGGGGUGUAAGUAGAGAAAGUCUCCUAAUGUCUCCUAGUGGUGCUGAUGCUGGUACUGCUGUGAUGCCAUGAUAAGUUUAAUAAUGAGAUAUCUAAAACAAACCUGAUUAGAAGCAUCUUCAGACGCGGCUCUCCUCACCAUGGACAGAUUUAUCUUUGAAGAAAAUGAAACAUCUGGUGAUAUGUGUUGGUAUUUUGUUUUUCUUUAUUAAGCGCUAAAGGAGGUGUUUUCCUUUAGGCCUUUCCUUUAGGCGUUUUUUCUGGUAUAUUAUGUUUUUCUUCGGUUUGGUUUCUGCUAAGAAGUAAGGAUACAUCUGGAGAUAUUUCAAUAUUGUAAGUCGCUUUGGACAAAAGCGUCUGCCAAAUGUAAUGUAAUGUAAUGAGAUGCGUUUAAAUCAUGAAGUGUCCAGUCUGGAGGAUCAUCUUUCAGUGAUCUCGUUGAUUUCUGUACUUUCACUCACUUCUGGACGCUGUUUACACUGUAACUGUUAAUUUUCUGAGAGGUCAUCAUCAUCAUCAUCAUCUUCUCAGGGUCUGAUCUCAUUUCACCCACCGAGAAACGCGGAGUCUUAUGAGAGCCGCUGAUUUCACGCAGAUUUCACGCGGUCAGGCUGAGGGGCGGCGGGUCUCUAUUAUGCGAAAGCGAGUUUCCUCUCGUCAGAAAUGAAGGAAAAGUCUAAGAAUGCGGCGAAAACACGGAGAGAAAAGGAAAACGGGGAGUUUUAUGAACUGGCCAAGCUGCUGCCGCUGCCCUCCGCUAUCACCUCUCAGCUGGACAAGGCCUCCAUCAUCCGCCUCACCACCAGCUACCUGAGGAUGAGGGCCGUGUUUCCGGACGGUCUGGGAGAGGCGUGGGGUCAGCAGUCCCGCAUCAGCCCCCUGGACAACAUGGCCAAAGAGUUAGGAUCCCACCUGCUACAGACUCUGGAUGGGUUCGUGUUUGUCGUGGCGUCUGAUGGUAAAAUCAUGUACAUCUCUGAGACGGCCUCAGUUCACCUUGGCUUAUCACAGGUGGAGUUAACUGGUAACAGCAUAUUUGAGUACAUUCACCCGUCUGACCAUGACGAGAUGACCGCUGUGCUCAGUGCUCACCAGCCACUUCACCCCCACUUUCUCCCAGAGUACGAGAUGGAACGCUCCUUUUUCCUCAGGAUGAAGUGUGUGUUAGCCAAACGGAACGCAGGACUGACGUGUGGUGGUUACAAGGUGAUCCACUGCAGUGGCUACCUGAAGAUCCGUCAGUACGUGAUGGACGUCUGUCUGUAUGAGUCGUGUUACCAGAUUGUAGGGCUGGUGGCCGUGGGUCACUCACUGCCCCCCAGCGGCAUCACGGAGAUCAAACUCCACAGCAACAUGUUCAUGUUCCGCGCCAGCCUGGACCUCAAGCUCAUCUUUCUCGACAGCAGAGUGGCGGAGUUGACCGGGUAUGAGCCACAGGACCUGAUUGAGAAAACCCUGUACCAGCAUGUACAUGGCUGUGAUGUGUUCCACCUACGAUACGCACACCACUUACUGUUGGUGAAGGGACAGGUCACCACGAAGUAUUACCGCAUGCUGUCCAAGCACGGCGGCUGGGUGUGGGUCCAGAGCUACGCCACAAUCGUCCACAACAGUCGCUCCUCACGCCCACACUGCAUCGUCAGCGUCAACUACGUCCUCACGGAUGUGGAGUAUAAGGAGAUGCAGUUAUCUCAGGGUCAGAACAGGCCCAGACCAGUGCUCUCCUACAAGAGCUCCCUGCCCCCAACACCAGACUCCCGCAAACCGCUGAAAGCCAAACCAGCCAGGAUUAAAACCAAACCCAAAAUAUCACCAUAUCCACAGGUUUCCUUGUCCUCUGAUAAGCUGGAGUCUUCUCCAGGAGGUGGCUGGAAGUCCAGUCCCCCCUGCAGUCUGUCCUCCUGUCAGGAACAGAGUCCAGACUCCCUGCCCUCGGUGUCCCUGCCCGUUCCAGAGCCGGGCGAGGUGCUGCCCUACAGCCUGCCUCUGCCUUACCCCUACACUCACACUCAUGCAGGCUUCCCCACUGACUGCAGGAAGCUACGGGCAGCGGCGAAUUCCCCCGAGCAGGCAGCAGGCCAGCUCCUCUCCACCCUGCCAACCCAUGGGGAUGGCCACUGGGGCAAUAACUGCUCCCCCAAACCCCGCCUAAACCCCCACACUUUCAGCUCCAAGCCACCUCUACACCCCCACACUGGCAGCCCCACAGGAACACCCGGUGGCAACAGUUUUACAGAUCGUGGCACAGUUGGCCGAGGGUAUCCCAGCGAUCCACUGCAUGGAGGCUUCAGCAGCUGCUCCUCCUCCAGACCCUGCAGUCGCUUUAAAGAGGAACCAUAUGAGCAUCCCUCCUUGGGCCAGAGCAGAGCAGACAACCGCCUCCACACGCCUCUACAGAGCAACAAUGAGGCCAGAAAACUGCAGCUCCACAGAGACAGUAAAGACCAUACUGAGAGGGGCGAGAUGUCCGCCCCCUGCUCACUGCUGGUGGGAGGAGUGCUGGGUAAGAGCAGUUGUGAGCAGACCCGGACACCGCAGGGGCUUAGCCAGCACCUCCCCAUGCUGCUGGAGCAAACCCGCAGGCUUCGCUCAGGCGAGGCACCUUUCGAAGCCCAGGCAGGACUCCCUGGGCACUGCGACAGCAAUGGAGAGCGGCGGGUGGUCAGGGGGGAUGAGAGGAGGGUGCUGAUGGGAAUGGGCCUCCAGACACAGUCUCCAUACGUCUCUCUGAACUUUCACCACGUCCUGGCCAAGCACGGCUCCUUUCCAGCUGCACCGUACACUCUGAGUCACCUGACCGAAAGCUACGGUUAUCGGGGGGAGGAGCUCAACCCUUAUUUGUACAGAGGCCAAAGCCCAGUCUCAAGCCCCUCCCCCGAAAGCCACAGUGAGAUCCCCCAUUAUAUCGGCACCUCGGUCAUCAUCAGCAACGAGAGGUGACAUCGCUCAGGUUUCAGGCUCAGAGGUCUAUUGCUGAGGACGCUAAGACUAUGGGCUGUUCAGUACAGAGCGCACUGUUUUGGGAGUCUGCUGGACAAUUCCAGAGUCAAUUCUACAGUGGAUCACAACGAGUUUCUCCAAACAGUGUACUCUAGUGAACACGGAAUUCCCACAAUGUGGUUUGAGGUUCAAGGAGGAGUCAAAACAGAAUGGUCACAGAUUAGCACUUAAAUUAAGUGUACAUUUAGAUGCUACAGGUUUAAGUUCCCAUGGUCCAGUUAUAUAUUUUGAUUUUUUAAGUGAAAAGAAGUAAAUAAAACAUCUGCAGCAAGCUAUUUUAAAAAACAUAAAUUUUCUGCAAAUACACGUAUGUACAAUUAGUACAAUACAGUUAUUUCAUGACAAAAAGAUUCUUUUUUAAAAUAUCUAUAUUUGAACGAGACUGUGAGAGUCAUUUCAGCUUCAGCAUGUUAUCUUACUAAAAGAAGUUCAGCUUUUGUGCAGCAUAGUGGCUUGCUGAUUAGUAAGCCACCACAGUAUAUGAUAUCACACUUGCCUAGCAAUGCUAGGGUACUGGGUUCAAUUCCCUCUCUCGGUUGAAUUUCUGUCUAGCACUCUAGCACUAAGCAUAACAGCAAACAGUCUUUUCUUAGACUUAACUUUUUUGGUCUUGCAGCUUAUCUACUGACCUCCAUUUCCCCUUAACUGCUAUUCUUUAAUGCCAUUUUAAACACUGGGUAUUGCGAGCUGGAAGUACCCAGUAUCUUACCCAUGUGGAUCAUUAUAUAUAUUAUAUAUAUAUAUCAAACACCAAGAGAGUUUAGCAGCAGCCGGAGCAGCUUGUCCCAAAGGGAAAGGGAGUGUCCGUCAUUCAUUAAAAUCAUUCAUAAUCGUAAUUGAGAAAAAUGUUUAAUGAAUUGUUUUAAUUUAAGGUCAUAAGGUCAUAUUACCCUGCUCUAGCUGGAAGCAUUUGUCCUGUUUUUUAGACACCAAUAAGCUUCAGUUUCUAGUCAUAAGUAGGUGCUUUGAAUAGCCCUUUUAAGGUGCACUGACAAUUGUUGGAAAAAUUAAAGGCAUUUAAGUGCACCUUAUAGUGCAAAAAAUACAAUAGUAGAAUUCUCCUAUGACUCUUCUCUAAACAUGUUGAUGACGUCGGAUCAGUGGCAUUUAAAAAAGACGCUUCUGCUGACUUUGGUUUACUUCUUUUCACUUCAAUAAAACAUAAUUGACAAAACAUGUAAUUAUGCAUACAGCUGAUUAAAUUAAUUCAUUCUGUUUCAUUUAUUGUUCUUUGGAGUGCUCCUGAUUUGAAAAUGCAGGGAAUCACAAUCAAAAGUGAUGUCUGAACACACAGUAAGGAUAAGUAUCCACACAAAAACACUAGAACAAGAACUCUAAACCUCAUUGAUGCUUCUGGGCAUCAGAUGCAGAAACAGCUGCACUCAUAUAAGCCAAUGCCAGCCUCCACACGGAGCUGCACAUAACUUCAGGUACUGAAUAUAUUCUAUUUUUGAAAUCCACAGUCAGUUGCAAAUGUACAGUGAUACUGUGGUAUUGCUGGAAUUAGCACUGUUCGCUGCCAAAUCUGAAGAAGUUUGUGUCGAUAAGUCUAUGCAUAUGAGAACAUGAAAGAACAGUGUGUCAUGAAAUCCUGUCCAUGUCCUCCAGCUGUACCUAUGAUUUUAAAGGAAAUGUUGGGUGGAAACUGUAUGAUAUUUCUAUGAUUUAUCCCGAAGUCCAGAUGCAGAUCAUCAGCCAAGACAUGUUUAAUAUCCCAGACAUCCCACUUCUCCCAUGACUAGCGGGAUUAUCCCCCACAAAUGAUAUGCAAUCCCUAGGAAAUUAGGACAUUUUAUAUUAGAUCAAGCAAGACAAAACAAUAAGUGUCAGAUAAGGGAGAGUGUAACAGAGAGAGCACCCAGAUUGGUCUCUCUUUAUGCUCAGCAGGCCGAUCAAUGUGCUUUGUGGGUGGGAUUUACACUCGACCCUUCUCUUUCAUAGUGCAUCAGUUCGUUUUAAUUUUACUUCCCUGAAUUUUUUAAAGUGGGAUAUCUGAUAUAAAAUGUGCUUCUUUAAUUUGCAGCAGAGGUGUUAAGCUAACAUUGCUAAGUUUGCUGAGGUAAAAGUGGUUGUCUCAAAUUUCAGCUUUGUAAGUUGUAUGUUUAUAGAUCAAAGUAAGUCAUACUAUGUUCAAUCCCACAUUUAUGUGUCUAUAAUAAAUAAAUGAAGAUCUGAAUGUUUUCUAAAAUGUUUUUGAGUAUUAUAGAAUUGAGAAUGAUGCCUAGCAUCUAUCAUUGUAAAUUUAAAAAGCAAAUCUCUGACAUUAAACUUGUCUUGGAUUAUCUUCUGCAUCUGGGUUCAGUUUAAUUGAUAUUUCAUCAACUACCUAAACAGAAGGAAAUAUAAAAUCUUGAUCUAGUUUGUUAGGCUAACGAUCCACUGACCUUUCCACAUCAUAAGGAAAUCAUUUUUCAAAGGUUUUGCAGUGCACCAAUUUUGUAAAAGGAAUUGCCCUAAGAAUGAACAAGCAUUUUAUUAAGAGAAAAUAAAAGUAAAUAAAGGUAAUUUAUGGACACACUAUUUGUCCAGAUUCUCAGUUUAGCACCAUAAAAUAUCUGUUCUAUUAAAUCACAAAUAAAAAUAAUGACUGUAUUUAUUCCUGUCACACUUUGCAAUUUAUUUAUGAUGCAGAAUGACAUACAACUAAAGAUAAAUUGCAUUCAGAAGAUGCCUAAGUGAUGAGAAAAUAGUUUGCUUUGAGUCUGAAUAAACAUGAGAAAUGACUCCUCA